UCUUAAUAGAAUAAUCACAUUGUGCAGACAAUAUUAAGUGCGGGAACUUUAGAUAAUUGGGCGUACUUAGACAAACACUAAGCAUAAACCAUUUCACGAAAAAUACCAUUUUCCCAAAAGGUCUAAAAUGAAUUUGUGAUAUAUUGAUUGUAUCCACACUACGUGAUCUGCGCUAAUACAACUUUUUGAAAGUUAGAUUUGAUAAAGUAAACAAAAGUAGAUUAAUUUUGCGGCAUUGAUCACGUUGGAGGUGUAGCCAAAAGUGCAUAGACUUUGCGUGUUCUUUUCAUAAAUUAACUAACUCCCCGCAAUUCCACGUACAUUGUUUCAUGUAUCUCUCCAAUGAAAAUAUAUUGACCAUUGCAGUUUCACUUUUCAACAUUUUAUUCUACUUCUCCUGCUUUUGCAUUCACAUCCUAUUUUGGUGUAAAGAAAAUUGAGGCAUACGUUUUGUCCUUUACGUAGUUCUUUGACAAAAACGGCAUACAUAGUUUUUUUCAGAAUAAAUAAAAAGAUGGAGUUUUUUUAAUCUAAUCUCUUACAAUUGCAAACAAAUGAACUAAGAAGAUUAAUUUAUAUAAAAGUUUAUCAUGUUAACAACAAUUUUUAUUUUUAUAAAUUCAGGACUAAACUCGAAUCAGUCCUUGAAAUCUGUAAAAUCCGAAGCUAAAAUUAAAUGUUUUGGCAAAGGGCUAUUCAAUUAUGAUAUUUGUUUUUUUUGUCAGUUUUAGCUCAGCAUUGCUCUAAUUUUUCUCACACCUAUAGCAAAACUUUCUUAAAAAUAUUUUAUGAGCUUAGUAUUCAACUUACAUGUGAUGCGUUUUAAAUGAAUAAUAACAAUCAUGCAAAACAAAUUCCACCUAAUUUUUUAUACAUGCCAAAACCAAUAUAGAAAAAAACAAAACACUCUUCAUAUACAAGACAAGCACUAUAAAUACAUUCCAUAACCGUUAAAGCUUCCAACACCACCACCACCACCACUACAGCACUACUCCACUCUCUCUCCCUCUUUAAUUAUCUCUGAACAAGUGUAAGUCAGCGACAUACAAUGGCUUCACUUCUUUUCCUCUUCGUCUUCUUCUUCUCCAUCUCCUCUUGCUUUGCUCAUUCCUACAACGUCUUGUCCUUUGGAGCAAAACCGGACGGAAAAACAGACGCAACCAACGAGUUUAUGGCGGUUUGGGAAACGGCUUGUGCCUCGUCUCGUCCCGUGACCAUUGUGGUUCCUAAAGGCCGGUUCUUGUUAAGGAGCCUUAAUUUCGACGGUUCCAAGUGCAAGCCCAAGCCCAUCACGUUCCGUAUCGACGGUACAUUGGUGGCUCCGGCUGAUUAUAGAGUUAUCGGUAAUGAAGAUUACUGGAUUCUUUUCCAGCAUCUUGACGGAGUCACCGUCUACGGCUACGGCGGAGUUCUUGACGCUCAAGGAACUUCUCUAUGGGGUUGUAAAACAUCCGGCAAGAAUUGUCCUAGAGGAGCCACGACCAUAGGGUUUCAGAGCUCAAGAAACAUUGUGGUCUACGGGCUGACGUCACUCAACAGCCAGAUGUUCCACGUCGUCAUCAACGGUUGUCACAACGUAAAGCUUCAAGGAGUCAAAGUAUUAGCCGCAGGAAACAGCCCCAACACAGACGGUAUCCACGUUCAGUCUUCCUCCACCGUCUCUAUCUUCAGUACCAAAAUUUCCACCGGCGACGAUUGUGUCUCCAUCGGUCCCGGAACCAACGGUCUAUGGAUCGAAAAUGUAGCAUGUGGUCCCGGUCACGGCAUAAGCAUUGGGAGCCUGGGAAAAGAUGCAGUGGAGUCAGGUGUACAGAACGUGACUGUCAAAACGGUGACGUUUACGGGGACGCAAAACGGAGCGAGGAUCAAAUCAUGGGCCAGGCCCAGUAGUGGAUUCGCUAGGAACAUCCGCUUCCAACAUUGUGUAAUGAACAACGUAGACAACCCCAUAAUUAUUGACCAAAACUACUGUCCUCGUAGCGAAAAUUGCCCUCGCCAGGUUUCGGGUAUCAAAAUCAGCGAUGUGUUGUUCGUUGAUAUACAUGGAACAUCGGCAACUGAAGUUGGAGUGAGACUUAAUUGUAGUCCUAAGAAACCGUGUACCGGAAUUCGACUUAAGGAUGUGAAAUUAAAGUACCGUAAUAAACCGGCUGCGUCGGCUUGUGUUCAUGCCGGAGGGAUAGAAGCUGGAUUGUUUCAGCCAAACUGCCUAUGACAAAAAUGAAUAUAUGUCUCUCUUUUUUAAUUAUUCUUACAUAAAAUUAAAAAGUAUUGUAAAUUGAGAUGCAUGAGCCUGUGGCUGUUGACGGUCCACUAGGCCGAGAGCCUGGCCUUGCUUUGUAGGGAUAUGGUUCAUAGCAAGCAUUGAUGAUUUCAUAUGUGUUGCGUAAGUUAUGUUAUUUGUUAGAUUUAAUAUUAUUUUUACUUACCUAUUUGGGAUUUUUUUUUAA